AUGGCCGAUGAGGAUAUUCCGCCCCAAGGCAUUCAAACGGGCUUCCCUCAAGACCCCGCCGACUUUGAUGCCGACCCUCGCGUAUCGUGGUCGAGGCUCGACAACAAAUUCAUUCUCGAAACCGAAGAGGGCAAUGAGUUCGAGUGGGACACUGCUCUGAAAAGAUGGAUUCCAGUGCUGGACCAGACACUAUUGGAUCAACAAAGCCAAAUCUACAGGGUUCCAGGAGUCGACGACGAUGCUACCACGACUGUGCAGCAAAAGAAGAAGCGGAAACAACCCAAUGGCGAUGAGUCCGGCAGCAAACCGAAGAAAGCUCGAGUCAAUACCGCGGUCUACGUCACCUCCCUCCCACUUGAUGCCGACCAGGAAGAAAUCCAACACGUCUUCUCCAAGUGCGGCGUCAUCGCAGAAGAGAUCGACUCAGGGAAGCCACGGAUAAAGAUGUAUGAGGACGACAAGGGUCAGUUCAAGGGCGACGCGCUCGUGGUGUAUUUUCGCCCAGAAUCUGUCGACCUUGCUGUCCAGAUGCUCGACGACACAGACUUCCGGCUGGGCGAACAAGGGCCGGCCGGCAGGAUGAGGGUGCAGGCUGCGGACUUCUCGUACAAGAGUCAACAGGAUGCGCCGGCCAAGACGAGCAACAAGGAUAAGAAGAAGAUAAUCAAGCGAACGGCCAAGAUGAAUGCCAAAUUGACCGACUGGGACGACGAUGACCCUCAAACACUGAACGAGACGAGCUCCAAAUGGGAUAAAGUCGUCAUCCUGAAGCACAUGUUCACUCUGCAGGAGCUGGAGGAGGAUCCAGCAGCCAUGCUUGAGAUUAAAGAGGACAUCCGAGAUGAAUGCGCAAAGCUCGGCGAAGUUACAAAUGUCGUGCUCUUCGACAAAGAAGAUGAGGGUGUUGCGAGUGUGCGAUUCUCAAAUGCCGAUGCUGCUGCUGCUUGUGUGCGCCUCAUGAAUGGACGAUGGUUCGACGAGAGACAGCUGGAAGCAUAUAUAGCGACAGGCAAUGAAAAAUUCAAGAAAUCGAGCGACAAGAAAGUGGGAUAUGACGACGAAGACGAUGAGGAGGGAGGCCGGCUGGACGCGUUCGGCUCUUGGCUUGAAGAAGAAAGAUGA